UGCAGAACAGGCCGUCACCGAUUUGGGCGUCGCCGCCUGCAGGGUAGACGCCAUGCAAUCUAUCCCCGGAGAUUACACCCUCAAGUACCGUGACGAAUCGGUCAGGCAGGCCUGGCUGGCUCCGUUCCGGUUUGGGAUGGUAUUGUCUUGCAGACAUGCAGGCAUGCAGAAAGUGUCGGGGUGCGGUCCGAAAGGCCGUCGUGAUGUCUUGUUGUUUGGCAGCGAUGAGUAUAUAUACCUUCAUUGUCAAACUGUACUUGUCUUCAGUGUAUAGCUGGUAAGUAUACGCUGGAUAACAAGUGCAAGAUGAAGGCUUCGACUAUUAUCUGCGCGCUUCUCCCACUUGCAUUGGCGGCGCCGAAUGCGAAGCGGGCUUCUGGGUUUGUUUGGCUCGGAAGUAACGAGUCUGGCGCCGAGUUUGGAGAGACAAAGCUCCCGGGCGUGCUGGGGACGGAUUAUAUCUGGCCCAGUGCGUCGACGAUCAAGACUCUGCAUGAUGCUGGGAUGAACCUCUUCCGUGUUGCCUUCCGCAUGGAGAGGCUGAUUCCGACCAAGAUGACGGGGACUCCGGAUGCGACGUACAUGAAUGAUCUCAAGGCGACUGUCAAUGCGAUUACGAGUCUGGGGGCGUAUGCGGUGAUUGAUCCGCAUAACUAUGGGAGAUACUACGGCAAUAUCAUCUCGUCGACUGAUGACUUUGCUGCGUUCUGGAAGACUGUUGCUGCCCAGUUUGCGUCCAAUGACCAUGUUAUUUUUGACACCAACAACGAGUACCAUGAAAUGGACCAGACCCUCGUUCUCAACCUCAACCAGGCCGCCAUCAAUGCCAUCCGUGCUGCCGGCGCCACCUCGCAGUACAUUUUCGUCGAGGGCAACUCGUGGUCCGGCGCGUGGACCUGGACCACCGUCAAUGACAACCUCAAGGCCCUCACCGAUCCCCAGGACAAGAUCGUCUACGAGAUGCACCAGUAUCUCGACUCCGACGGGUCUGGCACCUCGGCCACCUGCGUGAGCUCCACCAUCGGCCAGGAACGCGUGCAGUCCGCCACGCAGUGGCUGAAGACCAAUGGUAAGAAAGGUAUCAUAGGCGAGUUCGCUGGAGGCCCCAACAGCGUGUGCCAGUCCGCUGUCACAGGCAUGCUUGACUACUUGUCUGCCAACUCGGAUGUGUGGAUGGGCGCUGCAUGGUGGGCCGCUGGUCCCUGGUGGGCUGAUUACAUGUUCAGCAUGGAGCCGCCGUCUGGCACUGGCUAUCAGAACUAUCUCUCGCUGUUGAAGCCGUAUUUCGUCGGUGGUUCGGGUGGUAACCCCCCACCUACCACCACGACGACGACCACUACCACCAAGCCGACUACGACCACUACCACGGCUGGUAACCCUGGCGGCACCGGAGUCGCACAGCACUGGGGGCAGUGCGGAGGAAAUGGAUGGAAGGGUCCAACAGCCUGCGCCAGCCCAUAUACCUGCCAGAAGGUGAACGAUUGGUACUCUCAAUGCCUGUAAAGUUCCAUAGCACAUAGCCAUCUGCC